ACCACGAUUGAAGUAGGUCGUCGCAUCACACAAAAUUUUUCAAAAAAUUCGAAAAGAGAAAAUAAAUUGGAGAAUGGUGGGGAAAGUGGUACGAAUUCAUCUGAAACUAUAAGUAAGAGGCAGUGUUGGGCUCGACCGUAAACCUUCAUCUCAUGCGUUCGCGCGCGUUGUAAAGAUUUACGAGUAAAGAUUUACCAUUUAUACAGUAACCCGCAUGCCGGUGUAACGCAUUUGCAUAAAACUGUGGUGCUAGUGUGUGCGGUAUUGUAUUGAAAGUGCAACGUGGUCAUCAUUAAAGGAAAGCGGCAAAACUAUUGUGCAACAUGACAGCUUCAGCUUUCCUGAGCGAUGACAAGGCAAUUGAGGAAAAUAUGGAACACACAGACACACACAUUCCACGCGGCAAGAGGAGAGAUUACGAAUGGCAAAUAGUAUGGAGAAACGUGUUAGCCUUUGUUUAUCUCCACGCGGCAACCUUCUACGGCUUCUAUCUGAUAUUUAUAGGAAAAACGAAACUAUUGACAGUAAUUUUCGCACUGGCGUUCUCUGCCAUAUCCGCGAUGGGUGUGACAGCGGGCGCGCACCGGCUGUGGGCUCACCGAGCAUACAAGGCUCGCUGGCCGCUGAGGCUGUUCCUCGCGUUCCUGCAGACCAUGGCCUUUCAGAACCACAUCUACGAAUGGGUACGCGAUCACAGGGUGCAUCACAAGUUCACGGAAACGGAUGCAGAUCCGCACAACGCAAAGCGCGGUUUCUUCUUCUCUCACAUGGGCUGGCUGAUGGUGAGGAAACACAAGGAGGUGUUCGAGAAGGGUGCCUCUGUAGACAUGUCGGACUUGGAAAAGGAUCCCAUUGUUAUGUUUCAGAAAAAAACUUACUUGGUGGUGAUGCCUUUGCUCUGCUUCAUCCUGCCAGCCUGGGUGCCGGUAGCACUGUGGGGCGAGAACCCCUGGACGUCAUGGUACGUGGGCGCUAUGAUGCGGUACACCAUAUCGCUGCACUUCACCUGGCUCGUCAACUCCGCGGCGCAUAUUUGGGGGAACAGGCCAUAUGACAAAUACAUAGGUGCCACAGACAACAAAACGGUUGCGAUCUGCGCGUUCGGCGAGGGAUGGCACAACUACCACCACGUGUUCCCAUGGGACUACAAGGCUGCUGAGCUUGGAAACUACAGCACAAACUUGUCAACUGCGUUGAUUGACUUCGCCGCUAAAUAUGGUUUAGCGUACGAUCUCAAGACAGUGUCCGUUGAAAUGAUACGCAAAAGGGUAGCAAGGACAGGGGAUGGAUCUCACCCCUUCAAUAAGAAGAUUGACGACAGCGACGAUGACCACCAUCAUCCCGAAAACCCAGUCUGGGGUUGGGAUGACGAAGACAUGACCGAAGAAGAGAGGAAACUAGCUGAAAUUGCUCAUAAACACAAAUAGAAUAUACUAGAGGUUAAUUAUUAAAAAAAUAUUAAGUGGUACUAAAUAGGCUAUGCGUAAAUAUUAAUUUACGAACAAAUAUAUACACUGGACAAUCUAAUUAUAUACUUUUAUUGGACGUUAUCCGAACUAGAUUUUUAGAUUACUCAGUAAAUUAUUGCAUUGUAUUACGAAUUUAAGUUCUGGAGUGUCUGGAAUGAAAUUAGAUUUAGUGCGAUUUCUCGAACCGGAAUAAUAUUUUGUAAUCUGUAACCUCAGUAGUUAUUUAUGAGUUAUUUGAAUGUAUUUAUGAUGAAAAAAAUAUUACUAACAUUCACUAGCAGUACUGGUAAAUCUCCUAUAACUACAAUGCUCUCCAUAAAUCUUUAUUUGUUGUUGUUUUCCGAACGUGUUGCUUCUUGGUUUCAUUGGUAGCAAAUUGAAAUAUAUUCUCAGUACUGUAAUUCAAAUCUUCUGCAAUUUUUAUACCUUUUCUAUUACCUUUCUUCCGACUGAUAACUAAUAAUAAUACAAUAAUAAUAGUAGAUUAAAAGAUAAUCCUGUUUAGUUGUUGAAUUAGAUAUAAUGUUAUAAUAAUGUAGAUUUUAUAUAAACCUAACCAAAGCUUUUGUUUAGGUUUGGGUACAAGUUUGUUAUAAAGUUUUCUAAUCAAUUGUUAUGUUUUCAGAACAAACUUUUCUAAACAUUAUUAUUUGAAACACUUUCAUACUUGUCUUCGUUUUCUUAGUUAGGUUAUUUGUAGCGUCACUUACUUUUAAGUGUGAAAUUCAAACUAAAUAAUGUCUUUAUCACAGUAGUGCCUACAUCUCAUGCUGCUCAUAUGUCUUAUUUCGUUCAAAUCAAAUCGCUUGAUAAAAACAUUACAAUGAUAAUUGUAUAUCUUUUAGUUUUUGUACAGUUAAUAAUAAUUUUAUAAUUAUAAUGUGAUAGUAGUACUUAUGUAAUAAGGGGUGACUGUUUAAGUUAACUAACAUUAAUUUAUUCUUUACAAAAGUCAAAUAAUUAAGUUUAAUUUAUUGUCGGUGAACUUAGACUGUAAGAAUAAAUCAAAUUACGGUAAAGAAUAUUUAUAGAAAAACAUCAGUAUUUUAAUAAAUGCGAGUUACUCAUA